AUGACGAACCAGAACCCCAGUCCGAGUCUUUAUACAUCUUUGUCCAAUACAGCGGUGCCAACAAAUCGAAAUAGGCAAAACCUUGUUCUUUCUACCUCUUUCGUAUCUGCACGAAAGCUCGAUGACCAACCAUCUUCACCGUCUAGUCCUCAAAAACCUAGGCGACAUAGAAGCAGCACAACGAAGAGUAUUAAUAGUCUAAAACACGACAUUCACAGUGUACAACAAGAUUUAAGCCGAUUACAUAAGUCCAAGGAAGAUGCCGAACGUCGUAAGUUGUCAGUUUCCAAUGAUUUCUAUCCGGGAAAUUACUCAAAGGAACAUCUCCAUAGACAUUCUGUUGUAUUGCAAACCAAUAAACAGAUAAGGGAAGCUGAUAAACAAAUCAAAAAGUCAUCUGAAUUACUGGGUACCCUGAAACAAAAACUAGAAACCAGCAACCCGAGUAAAAAAGAAGACAGCAGUUCUUCGGCGUUUGACCACUCAAGCAGCCUCAAACUCUCUGAAGAAACUGCAAGCGGUAAAAGUUUGAUACACGAAGAUCAUGCUAGUAGUUCAAUUUCCGAUGUGGACGAAAAUGCUUCUGAAGAUUUAACUGAUCUCGAAAACAGUGAUGCUGAAGAAAUAACCGGAUCUGGGAAGGUAGACGAAGAUGCCAGUAAUGAGCAUGCUACGUGGUUAGUUAGUGAUUAUCUACAAAGUCUUCAGGACAAGAGCUCAUCCAAUGAUUUCAUAUUAGACAAAGCCAAUGCAUUAGUGAGUCUUCUUCAGCGAAAUCCAGCCAUAAAACAAGAUCUAGUCUUUUCAGCUUUUUCAAACACAAUACAACAGCUACUUUUGAAUGAUGAUGAAGUGAUAGUUUCUGCGGGAUAUCGAAUUUGUCGUCAUCUUAUAACCGGGCCUGAAUUUAUCGAACAUCUUAUGAAGCUCAAGUUAGAACCUUUUCUGAUCAUAUCCUUAGCGAAAGAGAAUUCUUACAACAUUGAAAGGGAGCAGGCUAUAAAGCUGAUACGUUCUUUUCUGGAAAAUGAUGCUGGCAUCACUGUGGGAAUCGUACAAGCUAUCAUAAGCUGUAUAGAAAAGUCAGAUGACAAGCUGAGAAAUAUUGCGUUAGAAACGCUACUGGAAACGUGUUAUAUCAAUCCAAGAGUCGUGCAGCAGUGCCGAGGAAUCCGGGUUCUUGAGUCUGUUAUAAGUGAGAAUAGUCCCUCACCCUUGACCUUGACAGUUCUUGACGUCGUUCUUGACCUGAUGGCGUUUUAUGAUACAAGGCAAUUCUUCGAAAAUGGCUUUCGGAUCACAGUUCUUUUAACCACGCUGGCCGAAUCUCAAACAAAAUCUACGUUCAAUGCUGAGAAAUUACAAAAUAGUGCUAUGCUGUUUUGCAAGUGUCUCAAGAACUACAACGGGCUCAUCCUUUUUUCUGCUGAUAACUUCAGACCUCUAAAGGAACUUCUGACAUUUUUCCAAGUACCAUCUUUAUCGCGCUACUUAAUUGAUGUGUUUUUAGAUCUACUGAGAAUCAAGCCACUGCCAUAUGGCGAGGGAAAAAAAACAGCACAAGUUUUCAAAACCUUACCCUCCCAAUACGAAUCAGAACUAAUGCCUAUUAACCAAUACAUCGGAUUAUUGGUAAGAAUUCUUGAAAGUGUCGGUUUCAUGGAUUACUUACUGCCUAUAUUAAACGAAAAUAUCUCCACUGGAAAAAAUCAUGUUAUUGCCGCUAAAUUGAGGUAUCUAAUAUCAGAGUAUUGUAAUAUAUGCAUGAAUCUGACUGGAUAUAGACCGGAACUUCCUGGUCCUUUCGAUUCAGUAAUUCCGAACAAAACUGAGAAGAUGUUAUCUGAAUCGUGCCAAUUUGAAAAAAUGACUACCAAAUUAAACAAGCACAGGAAUACCUUAGGAAUGACCAUUUUUGAUUCACCACAUAACAUAACAGAAUUUUCGGAGAAAAUGAGACACAAUACUUUGUUACACGAUGUUGAUGAAGUUAGAUUUAAGAAGAUGGUUUACGAUUCUAAAGUUUUGCAAACAAAAGAUUACUCAGUAUGGAAUUGGAAUAUCCUAUCAGAGCUGAUCGAAGGCCCACUCGUAAAUCCCAAAAGAAUAGAAGUCUUAGCACGGACAACUAAGUUUUUUAGAAGGCUUUUGGUUUUCUACAGACCUAUGAGGUAUAGAUUCUCGAAAGUGAAACAGGGAACACGGCUAGCCACCAGGUAUAUUCAAGUUGGCUGCGAAUUUUUCAAAACACUUACUGCCACGGCAGAAGGGCUGAAAAUUUUGCUGGACGAUACUAAACUAAUCCCUCAAAUAGCAUCGUUGUUAUACAAGGAAAUGGAGACUCAAGAGUCAAAUAAUGUCUUUUCGGAAGCAAGUUUGAAGAAAACUGUGUGUUACGGAUAUUUCAAAAUUCUUGGAGUGCUUUCACAAUCAACGAAUGGCGUUAGGGUCCUGGAGCGCUGGAAUAUUUUCACAGUUAUUUACAAAAUGUUCCAACAGAAAUCAUCCAUAGCUCAAAAAUUUCUACUUUAUAUGCUCCCAGAGCUGGACAUGAAGCAGUCACCUCAUUGCAGAAAUAUAUUGAGCAUGGCUUUAGUACAUCAAGAUGAAAGCAUACGAAUGUUUGCUACCGAACUCUUGGGAAGUAAAUUAAUGGAGCAAUCUGCCGAUUCAGGUAAACGGAAAUUGGAAAGAGUAUUUCUGGAACUUUUAAUUCGCCAACUUUAUGAUCUUUCUCCCGAGGUAAUUGGUGCCGCCGAUAAAGUACUUUACGAUUACUGCGUGAGUAUAGACUGGUCAAGAAACCUUGUACUUUCGCCUCGACAUUUAUUGAACCAAUUAGUAUUCAUACGGUCGCCUCUUUUAUUCGAGUUUCUACAAACAUCCUCGGGCUUUCGGCAAUUGGACGAGAUCGAUUUUGUUCAAACUGAGAGGCAAAAAUGGCUUUCGCAUAAGAACAGGGAGUAUGUUUUCAAGGUGGAAGAUUUCAUAAACUCUCAGAUGCACAGUAUUCCAGAAACUGCAUCGGUUUCUCGAAGCAAGAAAAACCUUCCCAUGCAUUUCUAUCACAGUUUGGCUAGUACAGAAGAUGGAAUUGCGCUCAUCAGUCAAAGUGGUGAUUUCAUCAGCUUCAUGAAUGUUGUCAAACGGCACCGGCACGAGGCAAGUAACUACAUAAGCUAUGAAGACUGUGUGGAAUUAAAGGCUGCCUUGUGGUGCUGUGGGUUCAUUGGCUCUACUGAACUUGGUGUAGGCCUGUUGGAUAAUUAUUCCACAGUGAAUGACAUCGUUUCCAUAAGCUACUCAACUUCCGCAACGUGCGUCAAAUUCGCUACGUUUUACGUUCUAGGUCUGAUAUCUAGGACGAAAGAAGGCUGCGAGAUUCUUGACGAACUCGGCUGGGACUGUUGUUUGAGCGUACAGAAUGAACCUAUGGGCUUGACGUUUCCAGCAGACAUCCAAAAGUUACUUUGCUAUUCGGAGAAACGGGUCAAUAGAAUUGAAAAGCCUGAGUCUGAUCUCAUUGACAUAAACGUGGAAGACUGCGAUGAGUACGCUCCUCCUGUCUUGAAGCUGGACAAGCUUCUGUCGGCUCAGGCGAAUAUGGAAAACACCAUGCGGGAUUCGCAGGAAGAAAUGAAGACGGAAAUGGAACGGCAGGUAUUGUCAGUGGAGGUGACAGAGUCAAUGAAUGACCAUAUGCUCUCUGACGAGAUUUGCGAAAGAGCGUUGCACGCAGUGCGUAAACUGUGCAACCAUAUACUUUCGAAUGCAGCGGUGAAGGAAAUCAAUGAUUUGCAGACUUCUUAUGGACCUGCACGCUUUCAGACACCGGAAAUGUUCGCGAAGAUACUUGAGCUUUUGGACGAACACCGCUUCAAGCCGCAAGUGCGCAGGUAUAUCUGUGAGCUGUUUCUGAACAAGAAGACACUGGAGAUGAUGAUUCGAAGAGACCGCAAAAGACGCAAAUAG